CACACUCACAAAACACUGACUGAUAUUUAAAUUUACACAAUGUUUCCAGCCUGAAGUACACGGUGAGAAAGCUUUGUUCAUUUAAGGUAUGUCCUCAGUGAAUUUGAAUUCUGAAAUAUUAAGGUACUUCUCAGGGUGCUGUGAAGAAAAACUUGAGCUUGGAAGUUUUUAGGGUAUUUUAGUAAAAUAGUUUUUAACACACUACACUGUUUCUUUUCCACUUGAACUUCAUUGCAUAUACCUCAAACACAACAACGUGCUUUUGGCCAUUGAGGAUUCAAAUAAAAAUUACUAUGGGGCCAAUGUUGCUUCUUUCUGCAUUAAAAUGAAGUAAAAAAAAAAAAAAGAGUAUGUAGCUGCUAUUGUGCUAAAAAAAUAUGAAGAAGUGCCUCUAACUUCAAAGUGAAUUUGAAGUUUUCCAGACCAUGCAAAGUAACUUGCUCAGUUGAUGUUAGUGUAACUAUAUUUGAGUUGAAAGUGUGUUUUCUCCCUCUGCCUCUGCUCAGUAGGUCAGAUGAGGUUGUUUACUGUGUAACACUGGCUUUUGUGGUAGUUGACGCCAGAAGGGCAGAGCAAAGAGUGAUUUCUUUUCUUCCCUCUUCAAAGAAGUGACUACAAUGGAGGAUGCUGCUGUUGGAAGUGAACAAAUUGAGCUGCCUCCUGUGAAUACUCAGAGUCUUGCAGUGCUGCCUGAGGACUUAAAGCCAGUUGGGCUAACAAAAGAGACAUUGUCAGCCCACACUCAAAAGGAGGAGCAGAACUAUGUUGACAAGUUCCGACAGAGGGUCUUGCUCUCUCCAUUUAGGACUUACCUUCAACAAGGAAGCAGAAGUAACAACAGACAUUCCUGUGGACAAGGCGAUUCCCCUUCAAAACAGAUCAGCCCAGCUAGCUGUAAAAAAGGAAAACAUGGAAAGUUCAAGCGCCAGAAACCUCAGAGACAGUGCUCAGAUAGCCACUCUUCUAGUAAAAAUAGAAAUAGUCUUCCAUGUGAGAAGAGAACAAAUCAGAACCAGUUGUUCUCUCCACCAGAAGUAUCCUAUCUGAGCUCCUCCAGCCUGAAUGUCCAUCCUCCUGUGGGAUUUCCUGCCUGUUCGAAUCCAGUGUCUACUUUUCCAGCCUCUUCUGAAGGAGAGCAGCUUGCCCUUCGCUCAUUACAACCUCAGUCCAUGUCCUCAUCACAGCUGUGCUGUGGAACACAGUCAUACCCAGUCCUUUAUCCCCCAAACAUAGGCUCAUUUAUGGCUGUAUUUUUUCAGGGUUUCCCCAUGUAUGCUCAGAUGCCUCAACCUCUCUUGCUCCCUAGCCCUCAGUGUGUUUAUCCACCCUCUUCAUAUCCAUGCACCACACUACCUCCAGCACCCCCUCCUUGUGCUCCAUCACCAGUAGCACCACACUCUGUGGAUCAGCCCUUUCCAGCCUCUCCUCACUCAUCCGUGGAGGACCAGCAAGAGGGCCAGUGUGACCAGGCCCUACUGCUGAGCAGCUCACGGAGCAGCUCCCCACUUCAGCUGAAUUUGCUUCAAGAAGAGCUGCCAAAACCUAUGGAGCUUUCCAUUAGUGCUGAUGUUAAGCCACAUGCAGAAGAUAAAUGCGUAAGUAACGAAGAUUUUUAUGUAGAGGAGGAACUGACUUUCACAGUGUUCUGUCACUAAAACCGGUGGUGAUGAUCUGUGUAUCAGGGACACAGAUUUUGUUAGCUGCUUUUUCUGUUGGCUGUGCUAUGUAGGCUGC